UACGACGGCAUACAUUUCGAUCGAUGGUAUUUCAUAAUUAUUUUCCAUUCAAAUUAUUUGUCUUCUCAGUCGAAAAAAACGAAAAACUCAAGGCUUUUUAAUAAUUAAAUAAUACAACUGAAAGGAUAAGACAAAGACUCUAAGAAAAAUCGGAAAAUGAGACGGUCCCGUCAAGGUCGAAUUAUUAAUUGGACCCUCAUAUUUGUUAUCUACUGUUCGAUACAAGUCUAUUCAGCAACGACGAAAUCGUCAAUAGUCGAAGAUGUUGACACAACCGCAACCGAACUUGCAAACGAAUUCUCAUCCAUCCUACCGCCCAAUGUAAAGUUGGAAGAACAAGUAUCAUCUACAGAACCUACAACUACCACUCAUGAAUCACCACAUCCCACCUAUCGUAUGAAGCGACCCAACUGCACACCACCUGCUAUCGAACAAUUUCCGAAACCAUUGAUGCCACCUGAAUGGAGGAAAAACGGUGGUCUGGUAAUAAACGUUAUAAUUGCUUUGUUUACAUUUCUCGGGCUAGCAAUUGUUUGCGACGACUAUUUCGUUUCGAGUCUAGAUAGAAUAUGUGAAGAACUCAAACUAUCUCCGGAUGUAGCGGGUGCAACAUUUAUGGCAGCUGGUAGUAGCGCUCCAGAACUUGCAACUGUGAUUAUUGGAGUAUUCUUCGCUAAAGAUGACAUCGGGGUCUCAGGGGUAAUUGGCAGUGCAGUAUUCAAUAUAAUGUUUGUCAUAUCCGUUUGCGCUCUGUGCUCUGGAACAGUUUGCCACUUGAACUGGUGGCCAUUAGUUCGGGAUUGUUUCUUUUAUUCCUUAUCAAUUCUAGUUAUGCUGAUUGUUAUCUGCAACGAUUAUAUAACAUGGUAUGAGGCAUUAAUAAUGAUGCUGUUCUAUGUGGUCUACUGCAUAGCUUUGUACUUCAAUACGUCACUCGAAAAAUGGGCACAUUCAUUACAACUUCCAAUUAAGCUUCCAACUAAAGAAGAACAGUCAGCUUUGGUUACCUAUAAAAAUGUACCGGACACAAGCUAUUCCCAAACCGGUCAGGCGGUGACAAGUCUAAGUCAGGAACCAACGGCACCGUCACAGUCACAAGAUAAUUACCAAGGCUAUAGUGAACCAAAUCCAUACGAGACGAACUGGGAUCCGAACGCAGCAUGGGGGGAACCGACUAACAUUACCGCUCCAGCUGUAACAAAUAUCGGUUGGACUGAGCCAACAGCCAAUUCUUGGGGCGAUACGACCGUCAACUCGGGUUGGGAUCAGGGGCAACAAAAUAUGGGUUACAACCUUGGCGAAGAUCCAAGUGAUCAAAAACAUGAAACGGCAAUUGAUGUCUCACAGCAGAAAGCGGUCAAUGACAAAACGCAAAUGGUUGGCAAACCGGCUGAUGCCGAGUAUUACAAAUCAAAAGAUCCAAAAUCACAAGAUAUUGUUAAUCCACUGGAAAAACCUGUGGAUGGAGGUUUGCCAGCUGUAAUAUCCUGGGGAAUUGUUUAUCCCAUCCAUUAUAUGUGCAGAUUGACAAUGCCAGACUGCAGAACAGAGAAAUAUCGUAAUUGGUACGCGUUUACGUUCUUGAUUUCCAUGGUAUGGAUAUCAUUUUACGCCUUCUUCAUGGUUUGGCAAAUAACAAUUAUCGGUACUACAAUGGGUAUACCAGAUACAGUGAUGGGCCUAACGUUUGUAGCAGCUGGCGUUUCUGUUCCGGAUGCACUCAGCUCGAUAGCUGUUAUAAAAGAAGGCUAUGGAGAUAUGGCAGUUUCAAAUGCAGUCGGAUCAAAUGUCUUCGAUAUACUCAUUUGUCUUGGUCUUCCAUGGUUCAUCCAAACGACAAUGAUUCACCCUGGUGGACAUGUGAAUGUUAUAUCAAAAGGGCUGACAUACUCGACUUUGUCGCUAUUAUCAACAGUGGUUUUCCUUUUACUAUCCGUUCAUUUGAAUGGCUGGAAGCUGGACAGACGACUUGGAAUAAUACUAAUGAUUUGGUACCUGUUAUUCAUAACAAUAGCAUCAAUGUAUGAAUUAAACGUGUUUGGCGACUUUAACCCAAAAGAAUGUUCAACUAAAUAUUAAUUUAAAUUCAUAACAACAACAACAACAACAAAAUAUAACAAAGUACUAUAAGUUGCAACCAUAUGCAUUAAAGAGGAUAUAAACCAGCACAGAGCAAAACCACAAGAAAAAUAACUAAAUUGCAUAUUAAUUUUGACUAAUAGCAGAGGCACAAAUAUAUUAUGAAUACGAGUAUGUGGUAAUUCCACAUUGUGGGAUCCAUUACUUUUAAAAACUACGCUUCACACAUUCAGAGCAAUCAAUUAACCGAUUGAAUUUGGUUUAGGUUUUUGAUUUUAGUUAUUUGACAUCACUGAUUUACAUAUUUAUUAGCUGCUUGAUGUGGCACCAUACAUAAUUUCAUGUAUCCAACCGAGGAGUUUAAUAAUUAUUAUGCAACAGUGGUGAUAAAAACAGCAUAAUGUAUAGAAGUGUAAUGCGAGGUACCACUACUGCUAUGUAUAUGAUUAUGAUUUUACACUCGCCCUAGAGGUGAGUGGGCAUACCUAAUUUUAUUGCCCGCCCUGCCCGAAGCCCAAUAAUUU